GACCAUGUGACACACAGCGUGAAUCCUCUUAUGGACUCUCACAUCGGCACAACUCAGCCUUCGCAGCGUCCCGGGGCAGAGUCACAGGAGCCAUGGCCAGCCCUGGACAGAAAGUGGUGCUCAUCACGGGCUGCUCCUCUGGGAUCGGCCUGCGCAUGGCUGUGAUGCUGGCCAAAGAUGAGCAGAAGCGCUACCAUGUCAUAGCCACAAUGCGAGACUUGAAGCGAAAGGACAAGCUGGUGGAGGCGGCCGGAGACACCUAUGGAAAAACCCUCUCUCUGGCUGUGCUGGACGUGUGCAGCGAUGAGUCUGUCAAACAGUGCAUCAACAGCAUCAAGGACCGUCACGUGGAUGUCCUCAUUAAUAAUGCAGGCAUAGGCCUGGUGGGUCCAGUGGAGAGCAUCCCCAUCGAGGAAAUGAAGAAGGUGUUUGAGACUAACUUUUUUGGAGUGAUUCGCAUGAUCAAAGAGGUGAUGCCUGACAUGAAGAAGCGGCGUGGGGGUCACAUCAUCGUGGUGAGCAGCGUCAUGGGUCUGCAGGGAGUGGUGUUCAACGAUGUCUAUGCAGCAUCCAAAUUUGCCAUGGAGGGCUUCUGCGAGUGUUUAGCUGUGCAGCUUCUCAAGUUUAACGUAACCUUGUCUUUGAUUGAGCCAGGCCCAGUGCAUACAGAGUUUGAAGUAAAGAUGAUACAGGAGGUGCGACAGAGAGAGUGCCCUGGCGCUGACCCUGAGACUGUGCACUAUUUUAAGGACAUCUACCUCCCCUCUUCUCUGGACAUCUUUGAGGCACUGGGACAGACUCCGGAUGACAUUGCCAAAUGCACCAAGAAGGUGAUUGAAGCGAGCAGGCCGCGCUUCCGGAACCUCACCAAUCGUUUGUACACGCCCAUCGUGGCGAUGAAGUACGCCGAUGAGACUGGAGGCCUGUCUGUCCAUACGUUUUACCACAUGCUCUUCAACAUGGGCACUCUGAUGCACAUCAGUGUGACUGCCAUGAAGUACCUGACCUGUGGCUGUCUGAGGAGCCGGACAGUGUCACCAAACUGAAAAAACCUGUGGGAAAUACUAUAGACAUCAUAUUAUUAGUAUUAAUGUGCCGAAGUGAGUAGGUUUACUGAGUUACAUUUACUUGAGUAACCUUUUAAAGAAAUUAUACUUUUUUAGCAGCAUGCAUUUACACCGUUUACAAGUUUUGGUUACUCUUCCCACUGUCAGUAAGUCUGUAAGUGACAAAAGAUUUAUGUUGACAAUAUGAAAUGAUUUGAAUAUUUAUGUUUCUUGCACCACUCCUAAUAACAUAGUUUUUUUCUCAUUUCUGCGUCCAAUACCAGAUUUUAUGGACUGUUUAGUGUUUCGUCCUUCACAUUAAAUUAACUUCAAAUUAUAAAUCAGAUGCUAUGUCCCCAGUUACUCUUUAAGUUACUCUUACUUAGUAGUAAUAGUAGUUUUCCCAAAUACUUUUUUACUCUUGCUUGAGUAAUUUUUUGGACCACUACUUUGUACUAGUACUUGAUUAAUAUUACUAUUAUCUUACUUGAGUACACUACUCUACCCACCUCAAAGAUAAGGUGUAUUUUAAAUUAUUAUAUUAACAUCUAUUGUCUAGAGAAAAUUUGUAGUUUAGGUAACUCAAAAGGAGUGCCAAACAUUACUGCUUUCUUUUACAUACUACAUACAGCUUAUAGUCAAAUUAAUUUGCUUUACUUACUAACAAAAAAUAAAUAACAGUGCUGUAUAUUGAUUGAUUACUAUAUUAGAAAUCAAAACUGACUGAGAAAAACAGGAUAUUCAAAUAUAUAUUUUGGAUUCUACAUAUUAUAUUAUGCAAUUUUAUUUCACUAGAGUUGCAGACCUAUACAUUUCCAUGUGUUAUAAAGGUUGUCUUAUCUUAUAUUUUGGCAUGUUAAUGUACGGUAUCUCAUAACGCAUGUGAUUGGUUUCGUCUAAUUUAUUAAUAAUUUAUUUUGAUGUUAUGCCCAAAAUGUCAUUAUGUGUCUGAGUGAUAUGCUUUUAUGAAUAACAAUAAAGGAAUUCAUAUUUA